AUGUCAUUUGACAGGUUGUCGUCACUGGAAGCCCAGCCGUCGGGCAGGCGCCAAGCAGACUCCCAAUAUCAUGAUGAUCCAGAGUUUCAACGCUUGACGGAAUUUCUUUCCAAUAAACUAUUCACUUUGACAUCUAAUAUCACCCGGCUAUCGAGCCAAAUUUCUCUUCUUGGAACGAAGCGUGAUACAGACCGUGCGCGAGAGAGAGUGCACAACUUAUUAGAAGAGACAAGAGAGGGGUUCCGGGAGGCUGGCGAAGGAGUCAAGAAGAUCCAAAACUGGGAGGAUGUCACUCCUGCCCAAAAAUGGACCCAAGAUAACCUCUCAUCUAAAUUCAAAUCUACCCUCGACGAAUUUCAAGCUGUCCAGCGACGGGCACUUGAAAAACAACGCGCAUCGACUGCAGCUGCACGAACAGCCAUAGAGGAGGCUACUGCUCACACUGGCCCUGAAGGCGAGGAAACCCAGGGUCUACAGCAACUUCAGGAGCAGCCUCGUCUCGCCUCGCAGGAUGAUGUUGACUUCCAAGAGGCUCUCAUUAUUGAACGCGAAACCGAAAUUCGAAAUAUUGAACAAAGUGUCGGGGAGCUUAACGAGCUGUUCCGAGACGUUGGUCAUAUUGUCCGGGAGCAAGGCGGCCAAAUCGAUAUAAUCAGCGAGAAUGUUCAUAACACAAGAGAUGAUACGCGAGGGGCAGAGCGGGAACUUCGAACUGCGAGCAGACACCAGAAGAAUGCUCGCAACAAAAUGUGCUGCCUCCUAGUCAUCAUGGCAAUCAUCUUGGUUAUCAUUGUGUUAGCAGUUGUACUCGGAUGA